AGUAUGUUUAAUGUGUGUGGGCUACGCGUUGGUAGUAAAUUAUAUUAAUUUUAUUUAUUUGUAAUAUUUGUUUAUUUAUUAUUUUGCGAAAAUGAAUCAUCAGUGUUCGAUAUGUUGUGAAAUAUUUAAGUCUUCCAAUGAAUUAUGUUCACCCCUUUGUGGACAUGUAUUCCAUUUUCAUUGUCUUUCACAGUGGCUUGAAAGAUCAGAAACAUGUCCACAGUGCCGGCAAAAAACAAACUACAGCGAAGUCCAUCGGCUUUAUUUUCACAAUAGUAUAAAUUGCGAAAGUGACAAUUUAGCGACACUUCAAGAAAAGCUUGAUAGCUUAGAGUUAGAAAUAAAAUUAAAGGACACUCGUCUUAAUCGUCAUAAAAAUGAAUUACAGACAUUGAAAAAAAAAAACGAAGAAUUGUCUAAAGAACUAAAUGACUUAGAAUCCAAAAUGAAUCAGAAAAAAAGUCAUAUGAAAGCAUUACGAAAUGAAAAUAUAUUUUUAAAAAAUAUGAGUAUUGGAAAUGAAAUGAUGAAAUUGGAUCUCUUACGGAUUCAAAAACAACUACAAAAUGCAGACGAUUCACAACAAUAUAAAGAACUAUUAGAAGUGAAAAAUAAAUGUUUAAAAGAUGUUACUGCUGAAAAUGAAACAUUGAAAAAUGAUAAUUUUCGGCUUGAAGAGUACCUGAAAGAUAAAGAAGAUGAAUUGGCAUGGGCUAAUUCAAGACUAAACAAGAAUCGUGAUAAAAUAAAAAAAUUGAAACAUAAACUGAAGAAGUAUAAAUCAAAAGAAGUAGGUAGUUCAAAUGAACAAGACAAUUCAAAUGAAGAUAAUGAUACUGAAACUCCAAACGAAAAUCAUGAUGAUACCACUGAAUCAAAUGAAAAUGCCGCCGCACCUUGUUUGAAAGUAUACAAUCUUCGUGACAGAUAAAAAACCAAAUGAUAAUUUUAACACCUUUAGAAAUAAUAUUUUUUUUAAUUAAUUUUCUCUCUCUUUUUUUUUGAAGAAUAAUCAUGUUAAUUUGAGAUAAUUAAAUUGUUAAAUAAUGAACUCUUUUAUGUAGCUAAUGAUCUCGGAAGCUUUUCAUAGAUUGAAAACUUCCUAAUAAGUAUAAGCAAAGUUAGAAAAUAUUAUGAGCUUCCAAAAAUUUUAUACAAACAACUCUACUACCUCGAACUAGGUUAACUAAUCUAGUAGAAAUAUUUAUUAAAACAUUGAUAUUUUUUAAUA